GAAUCAGCAUAUCAAGAUGGCCUCACCACCACCACCAACUCCAAAGGCCUACACCCCACCAAGCCCCUACACAUACACCGACGAACAAUGGAAAGUCCACACCGUCCAUCCACCGCGCUACUUUUCCCGCAGUAAACAAGAUGGCACAUUGCGCCCAACUCGCCCCGCGCCCUGCGUUAUGAUGGGCAAUCCGACUAUCGGGCCGAGAACGGCAGCCGAGAAAGCAGAAGAAGCGGACAAAGCACUGUGGGCGAGCUGCGACAGCGUGGAGGAGUACGAGGCGAAGAGGCGGGAGAUUGACGCCGCACGAGCACGCGCAGUGGCCGACCAGCCGACCUUCCAUCCGUUCCCGCGCCUGCCGUGCGAGUUGCGAUAUAAUAUCUGGACGCUGGCGAUGGCCGAGCCGACCCGGAUCACGAUCACCUGUACAGGGUAUACGCCUGCUCGACGGCCGCAGGGAGGGAGGUGUGGGACGAUAUCCCCCGGCCGUCCGAGGAUCUAUGCUGCCACGGCGUUCAUGCCGCCGUUAAUGCUGGUCAAUCGCGAGACGCACGCCCUGGCAUCAAGGCACUACCGGCGUGCCUUUCGGGGCGUGGACGGCGGCGGCGGCGUCCUCGCCAGCUAUCCGAGUAUUCUUACGAUCGAACGGCCCGUGGUGCCCCUACUGCGCAUGGAGGAUGAUGAUGUCAGGAUGCUCGCGGAGGUUGUGGUGAUCGCUUCCCCGGGGUUUGGUGGGACAGUGGGAUUCUCCACAGUAUUCUCUGAACAACUCAAGAAAAUGCUGGGGACGGGAUCUAUACGUCGGAUGGAACUUCGGCUGACCAGUUCUAUUCCCUCCAAGCAAGGAUCAAAGGUCGACGAGUACUUUGCAUCGGUGUUCUCUGAGAUCGAGGCGGUGAAUGAAUGGUGGGUUGCCCCAGAACUGUGUGUGAGGCCCGUGAAAGAUAAAGAGGAUCCCAGAGAUGAUUCGGCAUUGUCUUCGGAUGAAACCGAGAGUGAUACUACUUGACAGAAGCAUGCUAGGCUUGCUCGAGUAUAAGUAAGAGAAGGAUGGAUGAAGUACUGAAAUAGCAGUUAGGUGGAAUCGAGAUCGUUGUAAUCAGCUGACUUGCGUGUCUAUGUUAUGGGACGCGCAGAGGAAUGAGCGGACGCGACACUAUAUCAGCUAUAACCAAGUACGCAGCGUC